AUGUUAUCCAAGGAUCUGACUUUGUUUUCCCUGUUGCGCGAUAUUUUCUUGUCAUAUUCUGGAGCUGACAGAAAUGGUAUCAAGAAACUCAUUCUUGAUAUGGGUUCCAUGUACGAGUAUAAGCUGCCUUCUAGUUUAUUUUCUUGUCAACUACUGAGUUGCUUGUACAUCACUCAUUGCUCAGUUGUAACGCCACACACAUUCAAUGGCUUUGGCAAUCUUGUUAGUCUCCAGAUGCAAAGCUGUACAGUCCUCAAUGGAGUGCUUGAAAAUUUGAUUAGUAGCUGCCCUAUUCUUGAGACAUUAGUACUUUCAGAUGUUGACGACUUUGGCCUUUCAGAUGUUGGUGACUUUGGCUAUCUUAAUAUCUAUGCACCAAAUCUUAAAUCCUUGCAUGUUGAUGGCAAAUUCAUGAGCGUCCAUCUGGAACAUAGCCUUCAUCUUACAGAACUCUCCUUAAAGAUGGCCAAAAACUGGAACAUGGCUCAUGAUUCGGUGUCAUUUCUUGGUUUUGUAUCUCAUUUGGAGAGGCUGAGUUUGUGUGGUCAUCUUCUCAGGAUAAAAGUUGAAACAAUUUUAGUUGAGUUUUGGCCACUUUUUCUUUUUUCUCGGUCGUCUCUUUGUGAUCAUUGCCCCAUCUCAGACUCCUCGGGGGUUCAUUACUUUGAUUGUAAAGACAAAUCGAACUUAUUCCCAGCCUUCAUCACAGGAUCUGACUUUGAUUUCCCUGUUGCGCGCUUGCCAUAUUCUGGAGCUGACAUGUGA